CACAUUUGUUAUGUAGAUACAUUGCUAUUUUUUCCAAGAGUUUUCAAUCAUGCUAGGGGGAUUUUCGAGUAAUUUGUGUUUCAAGAUAACAUUUUUUGUAUUAUUAUUUUUAAAUGAGAGUUAUGAAUAUUCUAUACCAGUUCCAACUUUAGAAAUAUUAUCACCUAAGGGGUUUCGAGUGUAUAUCCCAGAUGAACCUGGUAUUGCUUUGUUUGGGUUUCAUGGUGCUAUUAAUAGAAAACUAAAUGGGAUUGAGCCUGGAGAUUUCGAGGAAGAUAUUUUAAGGGCAAAUAAUGGUCAUUGGAUUUAUGAGAAUAAGAAUCAAAUACUCGAACCCGGUGACAUUCUUUAUUACUGGGUUCAUGUGCAGCAUAAUAAUCUUGGUUACCGACUACUAGAUCGUAGCUUUUUGUUAUCUAAUGAAUCAAAAGUUGAUAAUGGUUUAAAUGAACAUUCAAAAAUAGAUAAAACUUUAACCAAAUUAGUGGAAAAGAAGACAGACGAAGAUAUAAGUGACGUUGAAAGAUUACAAUUGGUUGACGAAAGAUUGAAAUUAAUCGAAAAUCAACGUAUAAGUAAUAACAGCAUUGAGAACUGUAUUAUAUCUAAAACAACAGUAAACGGGCGAAAGGUUUGUAGUAAAGCGUUAAUAUUUGAAGAAAAUUUUGAUUAUUUCAAUUGGACUAAAUGGGAACGUCUUAUUCAAAUUCCAUCGGAUAGUGAAGAUGCCGAGUUCGUUUCAUAUCAAGAUUUUCCAGAAAAUUGUUAUAUUACGGAUGGAGACUUGCAUAUUGCUCCAACACUUUUAAAGGAUGCUCCAGGUUAUAGUCAAGAAUCUAUAAGAAACGGUUUUAUAAAUUUUGGAUCAAGGUGUACCUCAACAAUUGAUAUUGACGUGACAUGCAAACGUGAAGCUGAAUUCUCUAGAAUACUACCACCGAUUGUAUCUGCCAAGUUGCGAACGAAACAUUUUUUUUCAUUUCGGUAUGGUCAAGUAGAUAUAAGAGCAAAACUGCCUAUAGGUGAUUGGAUUUUUCCUCAGCUGUUCUUGCAGCCCCUACAUAAUGAAUAUGGUAUAAAUGGAUACGCCUCUGGACAGUUAAGAAUUGCGUUCAUUCGCGGAAACUCUUUUCUAAGGACGAUAAAUAAUAAAGAAAUUGAUGGGCGUACAUUGUUUGGAGGGCCGGUUCUUGCCGUAGGCGAAAAGUUUCGGGACAUAUGGCUAAAAAGCAAAACUCUAGACGAACACUUUGGAAGUAGAUUUCAUAAAUAUACUGUAGUUUGGGAUGAGCACUCUAUUACUCUGGCGCUAGACGGUAGAGCUUUUGCAACCUUUCAAAAAGGAUUCAAGAACUUGUACGACAUUUACAAUAUAACUCACGCCGAAAAGUGGGAAUUCGGAGAAAAAUUAGCUCCUUUUGAUAAAGAAUUUUUUUUAGAAAUCGGAGUUUCUGCUGGAGGGAUUUCUGACUUUCCUGAUGGUAGCCGUUCUGGGACCCAGCGCAAAUUGAAGCCUUGGCAAAAUUUUAAUCCAAAAGCAGAACUGAAAUUUUGGAAUGAAAUUAGCACGUGGCAUUCAAGCUGGAGUUAUGACAAAUCUGCUUUGGUUAUAGAUUAUAUAAAAGUUUGGGCAAUAUAAAAUAGAAACCAUCAUUUAGCAAAAUAAAAAAAAAACAUUCCG